AUGGACGCUGCUGUGCACUUUCUCAUGGGCUUGGAGCCGCCCUCCAGGUUCCCUAUCCACUGGUUGACGCGGUAUGGCAUCAUCACGUCGCCCAAUAUCCUGGCGCACCUCCACUCUGUUCUCUACGUGGCCCUGGCGUACCACGCGGUCUUUUUGGCAAGCAAGUGGGUCCUCUUUCCGCCUCUGGUGCGGCGCAGGCUCGCGCACAGCAAGGACCACUCGCGCCGCGGGCGCCAGGGCCUGGUCAACCAGGCCGCGCUGCACUUCGUCAGCCUGGUGCAGAGCUUCGUGAUCCUGUACCUGUGCCUGAGCUACUGGCGCACGCACGGCCGCGGCAGCUCGCACCCGACCGCGGAGCAGCGCGUGUUCCGCCAAGAGCGCGACACGGACACCGUGUGCGUGUUCGCGAUCGGGUACUUCGUGUGGGACGCUCUGAUCUCCAUGGUGUACUCGAGCGCGCCCUUCGUGCUGCACGGCGUGAUCUCCGCGGUGAUGUUCCUGAUCGGCCUCAAGCCCUACAUCCAGUUCUACGCGCCCGCGUUCCUGCUGUUCGAGCUCUCGAACCCGUUCCUCAACGUGCGCUGGUUCGGUAUCAAGUUCUUCCCGCAGCUCUCGGACCACAACACGACGCGCGCCGCGCGCGUGCUCAACGUGUUCCAGCUCGCCAACAACGUCGCCCUGGUCCUAGUCUUCUUCGGCGCGCGCAUUGUCUGGGGCUGGUGCCAGAUCUUCCACCUGUGCCGCGACUUCUGGCAAAUGCGCCACGAUCCGCGCUUCCUGCCGCUCGAGACCCUGACCAUUGUCUCGGGCAACUUUGUGCUCGACGUCCUAAACGUCGUCUGGUUUAGCCAGAUGCUGCUCGUUGCCAAACGCAUACUGUCGCGCCGCGGCCGCGUCCAGGACAAGCCCGCGACCGAAGCCCAUUAA